AGAGAGAGAGAGAGAGAGAGAGAGAGAGAGAGAGAGAGAGAGAGAGAGGCAUUCACCAUUCACAUUCACAAGUCUAAUAAGGUUGUCCAACAGUGCUAAUACAUUGAAUAACGUGUGCGGUGCCUCGUCUUAAUUUAAUUGCCGUCCCGUGUUGAAACUGCUGGCAGGUUGAGAGAGAGAGAGAGAGAGAGAGAGUAACGUUUGUGGAAGAUUAAAUGGCCUGUUUGUGUAGAUGAAGUUAGAUAAACGAUCUCAGAGUAAUAGGAUUAGAAGGGUAUGUGGUGUGUGAAGGUGGUGGUGUAAGAGAAGAGGUACAGGGACAGUGUAGGCUAGAACAAGGUACAGUGUAGGGUAAGGUAGGGUAAGACAGGGAACAGGGCAAAGUAACCAGGGUAGGUGUAUGCCAGCCUGUCUUCUCUCACACACACACGCAUCCUUCCUCUGUGAUGGCACUCAUUCCUCGCCUGUCAGUCCUCCUCCUCGUGUAUAUCGCCCUGCCUGGAGCCGCCUUCUUCAAAACUGGCAUCAAGGUUGGGAUUAACUUGGGUUCCAGCAGCUUGCCCCCCGCCUCUCACCACCUUCACUACUGCACCGCCAAGAAGGAACAACUCCUCAAGAACCUAUACGUGGACUACUUCCAGUCUGCGGGGCCGUGCGUGGCUCCAGACGGGGCUAAACUGUACCCCUUCAAGAGCACGCAUCGGGGAGGCUCUGAGGGGCCGACUGUGUGUGCCAAACUGCCGCGCCUUUGUGAGCUGCUGGGGAAGUCAAGCAGCUACAGAGGACGGAGCAUCCUGGAGGCGGGACAGACCAUGAUGAAGACUUUGAGAACCAACAUGAGGAGUCUUUACCAAAUGCUGACAGGAAAAGACUCACCCACAGCCUCCCACUCGGACCCUCGCAGUGGUAUCCUUCAUUCAUCCUACUCCGACUACGCUCCUUACUCACACACAUCCUGCGACCACGGCGGGUGUGAUAGCGGCGGGGGCGUGGCAGUGUGUGAGACCGUAGAGGACCUAGUGUUCCCCAUGGUAGGUCGCUCAGCCCUCACCAAUGCCACUGUCACCGUGCUGCAGGCCUUCCCCGACCUGGUCCAGCCCGUGUUCUUCAGGCGCUGCAGGAACCGGCAGGCACAAGUGGUGUACGGGGAGUGCCAGCAGCAAUACCUCCCCGUCAGCCUGCUGGUGGCGCCACCCUACCCCGGGGCGGUGCUGGCUCACGACUUUGUGCUGGUGGAGUCUGGGUGUCACGUAGCAGCGCACGUGGCGCAGCACUACGGUGAGACACAGCCGCGGCAAUCUCUGCGAGACACACCGCAGGAGGACCUGGGCACCGUCUCCAUCAGAGAAAGUGAUCGCAGGCUGUUCUGAAACCAAGGACUACCUGACGACAGUUGCACGGCAAGUGUUUGUCUCCGAGACGAGUCCGAUGACAGGUGGUGGUGGACUUACGGACUGGUGGUGGUGGGAAAAGGUAUCAAGGGGGUUUGCAGUGGAGGUCAGCACGGCCACGGCUCACUCUGCCACAAACACCCGUAGACAAAGGUAAUACCGUAAUACACUUCACUAUUUCAGCGUGCCCGCUGGUGAAGUGGGCCGGGCCAGCCAUGGCGUGUGUGGCAGCGGUACUUGAUGUCUUGCUGAGGACUUCACGCCAUAAUGAGGUGUAGGCUCCCACCAUAGUUUCCUUCAAACUUCAAGGAAUAUGAAAAUAUCCAAGUUUAUGGUAUUUGUGCAUAUUAACAACGUAGUGGUUGAGGCCUGAGGUAUCCAAGAUUAGUAGCUGACUACCAUACAUUUCAGCGGUGGACAAACGGUGUUUUUUGCAGAUAUCUCCUAAACGAAUCGUUGGAUGAGUAUGAUAUUUCAACACACUACCUUGAACGUCAGUUCGUAAUUUAUGG